AUGCGCGUCGACUGCAUUGAUAUCCUCUCCGCCCUCAUGCAGCACUGCCCAGAGAAACUAAGCUUCGAAGCCAUGGAGGCUCUGCAACAUGUCGGCACGUAUCUUUCUCCACUACCCGAUUCGCCCUUCAGUGAUGAGCUGCUUCUCUCUGAGCACUCGAAAACUGCUGAGAGGGUUUUGCAGAUUGCUCCUGUUUUGUGGUACAAUGCCCUUAUACAUGAGGACGGGGAGCCUGUCCGCGUAAUGGCGGUAGCGACGAGCCGCAGCUUCUACAUUGUGGAGAGGCCUGCAGGAUUACGUGAUCCUCUACAUCCAGAGGUGGAGUACAUAUUUCGUCGUGGCAAAGGAAUUCAAAUUUUCGAAAUUCGAAAUUAUCGACGACUGACAAGAAUUGUUAAAGGAUUCCCCGCAGAUAAUUGGCUAGCUGCUGGAUGGAUACAUAAGAUGUGCAUGAAUUCUUCAUUAACUGGAAGUAUUGGUUUGCCUUCGAUCCAACCAGUGCAGGUCUGUCUCCUGUAA